CUAUGAAAAUAGCAUUGAAAAGGAACACCUGAGGGAAAGGGAGGCUUCCAGGCCCUUGUUGCUACGCUUGAAGAAUGUUGAUUAAAGAAUAUCGCAUACCAUUGCCCAUGUCUGUGGAGGAGUACAAAAUUGCUCAACUGUACAUGAUCCAGAGGAAAAGUAAAGAAGAGUCUCAAGGUCGGAACAGUGGGAUAGAAAUAGUAGAGAACAAACCAUACACUGACGGACCAGGAGGCGAGGGGCAGUACACUAAAAAGAUAUACCACAUAGCGGGACAUGUUCCUCAGUACAUUAAAAACGUUAUACCCAAGUCAGCGCGGUCACUGCACGAAGAGGCGUGGAAUGCCUACCCCUAUGCAAGGACCAAGUUCUCCUGCGAGUUUGUACCUAGAUUUGUCCUGGAUAUCGAGAGCAGAUAUGUAGCUGACUGUGGGACACAGGAGAAUAUCUUCAAUCUGUCACCAGAAGAGUUAGCACAGAGGGAAGUUGUGUUUUUAGACGUUGUCACUGACAGAGUAGAUGGAGAACCAUUAGAAGAAGAGAAUCCUCUUCUCUUCAGAUCAGAUAAAACUGGGCGUGGCCCUCUGAAAGCUACAUGGAUUAAGGACGAGGAGUGGGAGCAUGUUUUCUGUGCUUACAAACUCUGUAGGGUAGAUUUUCCUUUUUGGGGCUUUCAGACCAGAGUAGAGAGGUACGCCAAUGACUACGGUAUCAGGAAGAUAUUGGUGAAGGCACACAGGCAGGCUUGGGUCUGGCAAGACAGUUACCAUGGACUGACGAUAGAGGACAUCAGGCAACUAGAAUACGAGACCCAGGAGAUGCUGCAACGACUUUAUGCUGAGGAGGGAACAGGGACCACACCUACUAACUCCGUGAUCCCUACCCCCUCUCCUCCUCGGCUAGAUGCUAUAGCUAAACUGGAGAGUUCUUCCUGUCUCUCCCAACUAUCUCUUACCGUGUCGGACUCUGAGUCGGAGUACUUUGACGCUAACGACUACAACGACGAAGAAGAAGAUCCCCACGCUUUUUUGUACCACGACAACAACGACCACCCCAAGUUGAUAUCCACCAACUCUGCGGACAGUGCCAAGUCAGACGACUCUCAUGGUCAUGGAAGGUUGUUGCCCUCGCAGAAGCUGCUGUUUAUUGUAUUUCACGGAGGUACACUGCUUGACAUGAACACGGACACCACCAAACUGGCAGACUGCCAGACCCUGCAUCAGAGUCUGUCUAAUGUGAUAAACACUCUCUGUCCUACCUACAGAAACAGGAUAGAGAUAAAGUUAGUUCAAUGCCCACAAGUAUGUGCCGAUGUGGUCGCUUCUCUGGUUGGUUCACUGCCUUCUGUUGGACCAGAUCGGUGGCAGAACGAAUGUCUGGAUCAUGGUUACGGACUGAGCGGGGAGGUGGAGAUACCCUUCGAGCUGAUACCGGUGCUAACAUGCCAGACCGCUAAAUACCAGGAGGGACUCAAGACAGUGUGCAGGGAAGCUAACUCCGUGUUUAACGCUUAUCGUGAGGAGGACAGUAGUUUCACUCAUAACCAGGUAACAGUGAUAGGGGAUGUAGUAGGCUCUAUCUUAGCCUACGAUAUCCUGUGUCAUAGUGACGAGGAACUAGACCCAGGGUUUGACUUCCUAGUGGACAAGUUUUUCUCCUUCGGUUCUCCAAUCGGGAACCUAGUCUUACAUCGAGCACUCCAGAACAAGCCAGUGCACCCAAAGAAGCUGGUGACCCAGUUCUACAACCUGUUCUACGCUUCCUCGCCGGGUGCUGUUAGAAUUGAACCUGUUCUGGACGGACACUUCGCUUCAUUUCCGCCCAUCUGUAUCCCCCGCUUCAACAAGUCUCCGUACGGAGCCGGAACAAAGUACAAUAUAAACUCUUUUCUAGAGCGGAACCACACGUUCUUACAGGACCCUAUACACCCUAUAAACCCUAGCAUUGCUACACAUGAUCCAACUAGCACCUCUGCUAGUUUAGUUCGACCCAUUACAACCUCUUCGUUAGGAAUGUCAGGGGUAUCAGAAUGGUGGGGAACUAAACGUAUAGACUACGCUCUCUACUACCCUGAAGCUCUGCGCUCUUUUCCUUCUCUCAUCCUGCCAGCUCUUCUACACAGCAGUUAUUGGGAGAAUUACGAUGUGGCUGCGUUUGUUGUCCAGCAAGUGCUAGGACUGGACGAAGCCCUGCCCUCUACUCCCCACAUAACACCCCGAAACACUGAGACGGAUCUCCUUGCUGCUGCUCAGUCCGCCAGCUCCGCUAACAACACGGAGAAGUGGCUCAGACGGCGUACUAAGUUGAAGGUUAACAAUUUGAACCCUAACCACCGCUGCUUCGAUACGAUCUAUUUGGAGGGGCAAGAGCAGGAGAUAUUUGCUAAGUUUUUCUACGGACCAUUGGAUGCGCUCAGCUUGGUCGGAGAAAAGGUGGAUAUUAGUAUAAUGGACCCACACCCCGGAGGAGAGUACAACUUUCUGGGGACCCAAGUAACCAGUCAAGGAGGCAGGAUUAACUUCAAGAUCCCGGAGAACUACAAAUUUGGGACGGGGUUGUACCCGGUGAAAUGUACGGUUCGAGGAGAUAAAUCCACUGCUGAGGGUUUUAUGGCGGUGGUUCCUCCGGGGACGGAAUGUGUUGUCUUCUCUAUUGACGGUAGUUUCACUCUUAACAUGUCGCUCAUGGGAAGGGAUGCUAAAAUACGACCUGGUGCCGUCGAGGUUGUUCGGUUGUGGCAGGAGCUGGGUUUCGUCAUAAUCUACAUCACAGCCCGACCAGAUCUCCAGAAGGAGAGCGUGUUGGAGUGGCUGGGUACCCACAAUUUCCCGCACGGCAUUGUGGCAUUCAGUGAUGGAAUCAGUCCCACUGAUCUCCUCAAGGACAAGAUGGAGUACUUGAUUCGACUAAAAAACGAGUGCAAGUUGAACAUUUACGCUGCAUAUGGAAGCUCCAAGGACAUUAAUGUAUAUCAAUCAGCUGGAAUUCCACUAAGUAAAAUGUACAUUGUAAAACCGAAGAAUCCAAAGCGAAAACAUCAGCUUGAUGACGUUUUCACGAUUGACUACGAAACAUACGGCUCUCACUUGACAAUGCUGAGACAACUUAUGAAACGGCGAGCCAGCUCGACCCUCAAAGUCCCGCACCUCACAUUUAAGGAACAAAAAGAGACAUCCCCAAUCCUAGUGACUUCAAGGAGAAUUUCUAAAGAUAGGAGAGAUUCUACUAGUCAGAUCGGGGGUUCACGCAACGUCAUAUCUGAACAAUAAUAACAUGUAAACUGGAUCAACAACAACCACUUCACGGAUCAUUACCAGUACCUGAAAGGCUUGGCACCUAAAUCCUCAUCCUGGACUCGAGUCCCAAUCAGUGUUGACGUCUUCAAAUUCCCCUCCGAAAAGAGGGUUUCUCGUUGUGGCACGAUAAAGAGACAAUUCUCCGCUACAAGGAGUCGGACAGAUCUGUUACAAUUGCCCUCCACCUCAGAGUUGAGGGAGGACACGUGACAGGGCGCGCGUCACCGGGCGCACGUGCAACAGGGCCCCGGAGCUAGACUUUAAUUUGUUUAUACUCGUCCAGAUUUACAUGUGCUAUCAGAUGUUUAGUUUUAUGUUAGGAGACACUCUUGAGAUGAUAUAUGUUGAACCAUAUAAUACAUUUGGUGAAAUCUGCUGAUCUGCUGGGCUGUGCUGAUCAGGUGAUAUCACAUCGUUCUGAUAAAACCAAUGUUCGGGUUAACCUGUUAACCUGUUAACCUGUUAACCUGUUAACCUGUUAACCUGUUAACUUGUUAACCUGUUAACCUGUUAACCUGUUAACCUGUUAACCUGUAACCUGCUAUUCUCGAGUAUUAAAGGCUAGGGUAUUAGAUUAAAAUAAAUUUAUAUACUGUCUGAUAAAAGGGCAAUGAGGCGUGCAGUUUAUACCUUUGAUUUCCUGCCUAGAACAGAAAAUGUAGAAGUAGAAAAUGUUUGUGUCACUCUCAUUUUGAUUUAUUGAAUAUCAA